AGAAUCUCCUCAGGCUCCUGCCCACUCUUCAGCCCCUGACGUCCCUCCGGAACACCGUGAACUACAAGUCCCGGUAGGCUUCGGGCACUUAGCUCUGACUGCAUGUUCGCAGACAGCUGCCCGCCGGAAGGAUAGAGCCUGGUUGUGUUUAUCUCGUUGGGGAUCGCGUCGUCGGUUGGCGUGCAACGGGUUCUAGGCUGCAGGCAUCGCGAGGACCCGCGGCCCCGCCCCGGCCCGGCCUGGCAGGUAGCAGAGGCAGCAGGCCGUGCCGGGGGGGCAUGUUGCUGUAACCAGUGGCCCAGGGGAUGUUACGGUGGACGGUGCACCUGGAGGGCGGGCCCCGCAGGGUGAACCAUGCUGCAGUGGCUGUCGGACACCGGGUGUACUCCUUCGGGGGUUACUGCUCUGGUGAAGACUAUGAGACGCUGCGUCAGAUUGAUGUGCACAUUUUCAAUGCAGUGUCCUUGCGUUGGACAAAGCUGCCCCCAGUGAGGCCCGCCACCCGCGGGCAGGCUCCCGUGGUACCCUACAUGCGGUAUGGACACUCCACCGUCCUCAUCGACGACACAGUCUUCCUUUGGGGUGGGCGGAAUGACACCGAAGGGGCCUGCAAUGUGCUCUAUGCCUUUGACGUCAAUACUCACAAAUGGUCCACACCCCGAGUGGCAGGAACAGUUCCUGGGGCCCGGGAUGGACAUUCGGCUUGUGUCCUGGGCAAGACCAUGUACAUUUUCGGGGGCUACGAGCAGCUGGCGGACUGCUUUUCCAAUGACAUUCACAAGCUGGAUACCAGCACCAUGACAUGGACCCUGAUCUGUACCAAGGGCAACCCUGCACGCUGGCGGGACUUCCACUCGGCCACAAUGCUGGGCAGUCACAUGUAUGUCUUUGGGGGCCGUGCAGACCGUUUUGGGCCAUUCCAUUCCAACAAUGAGAUUUACUGCAACCGCAUCCGUGUCUUUGACACGAGGACUGAGGCCUGGCUGGACUGUCCACCCACCCCAGUGCUGCCUGAGGGGCGCCGGAGCCACUCAGCCUUUGGCUACAAUGGGGAGCUGUACAUUUUUGGUGGCUAUAAUGCAAGGCUGAACCGGCACUUCCAUGACCUCUGGAAGUUUAACCCUGUGUCGUUUACCUGGAAAAAGAUUGAACCGAAGGGGAAGGGGCCAUGUCCCCGCCGGCGCCAGUGCUGCUGUAUUGUUGGUGACAAGAUUGUCCUCUUUGGGGGUACCAGUCCGUCUCCUGAGGAAGGCCUGGGAGAUGAAUUUGACCUCAUAGAUCAUUCGGACUUACACAUUUUGGACUUUAGCCCUAGUCUGAAGACUCUGUGCAAACUGGCUGUGAUUCAGUAUAACCUGGACCAGUCCUGUUUGCCCCAUGACAUCAGGUGGGAGCUGAAUGCCAUGACCACCAACAGCAAUAUCAGUCGCCCCAUUGUCUCCUCCCAUGGGUAGGAGGAAGUUUCUGCCGCCUCCCUUCCUGAGCCUGCUGGUGUCUUCACUGCCCUUGCCCAUCUCUCCCCCGCCUGCCCCUUUGGACCCUGGACUUGGUAUACCUCCACAUGGAGUUGUUGGACUAGAGGUGUUUUCUGUGCUGUGAACUUAGUGGGGAGCUGCAGGGGGGAGGGCUAGGUCCCUUCCUCCUUGGGCCGAGGGCCCCUUCCCCUUGGUGCUCUGUCCCAUUCACCUCCCUCCAACUGCUCCUGGGCCUCUGCUCUGCCCCAGGUCAGCCAUGCUCUGCUGGGAAGCGAAGGGAAUGGGGAGGAGGGAGAAGCAAGCAGUGUCAGCCUCAGGAGCUUCCCCUCCCCACCCCUCUUUCCACCUCUUCCCGCUGCUUGAGCCCUGAGCAUUGAUUGGGAGCUGAGAGGAGUUGCAGCUGUUGGCAUGAAAUCUCCUUCUCCCUGACCUGGGGAGGGGAGGACCAGCAGAUAAUCCCACCCUUCCUUGAGCUGUUGCUGUACCCUGACGCUCUCAGCCAGCUCAGAUUUUAUAAAAAUGAACUGAAAGUCUCCAAACGUG